GGAACGGCAACGAGACGUGGGAGCUGGGACGGGCAAGUAGUAGAAACCUUCUCUCCUUCCCCAGCCAGGACGCCAUACAGAAUCCGACGCGAUCCAGAAGAAGCCAAGGGCCUCUUCAUAUCCUCCCGCCUCCCUCUGCGAGGUUCCCAGACCGAGCCAUCGCCGGCGCUAGGCUCGGGGAUCUUGUCGGGUCCCGUCCCGUCCUACCACUUCGCCGGCGCUGCGUCGCCGUCACUCGUCAGUCAGGACUCAGGAUCCCCAAGAUGGCUUCUUCAAACGGUGAGGCUGAGCAACAAUGGAUAGAGAAUAUCAAGUCAGGAGGAACAGUUCCCUGUCUAGCACCUGAAAACUGUCCUAAUGGCUGGGCUACUCCUCCCGGUGAUUCAUUUAUGGUCAGAGGCCCAGAAUAUCUUACAAACAAGGUAAAAAUACCAGGUGGAGAGUAUCUUCUGAAGCCUCUCGGCUUUGAUUGGAUCAAAGGACCAGCAAAAAUCUGUGAGAUCCUCAAAGACAGUAACCAUCGAGUUAGAAAAGCUAUCGAUGAUGAGGUUUCACGUAGUAACCAGCCUUUUGUCUGGGCAUUCAACCUGCAACUGCCCAAGGAUAACUUCAGCGCAAUAUUCUACUUUGUGUCGCUGGAGGCUAUACCUGAAGGCUCCCUUAUGGACCAGUUUUUGAAAGGAGAUGAUGCCUUCCGAAACUCCAGGCUUAAGUUAAUAGCGAACAUUGUCAAGGGGCCCUGGAUUGUCCGGACGGCUGUUGGUGAACAGGCCAUCUGUAUACUGGGGAGAGCCCUCUCGUGCAAGUAUGUUCAAGGAUCAAACUUCAUCGAAGUCGAUGUGGAUAUCGGGUCUUCUAUAGUUGCAAAUGCGAUCGUUCAUUUGGCAUUUGGCUAUAUCACAACGCUAACUGUAGAUUUGGCCUUUCUCAUUGAGAGUCAAACCGAGCCGGAGCUCCCUGAGAGACUUAUUGGAGCAGUAAGGUUUUCUGAGUUAAAUCCAGGAUCAGCUGGUUUGUUUGAAAGGCGGUCUGAAGAGCAUCAGGAAAGCACUCAGUCUCGGCCUGUAGGAUUUUGGCAGGGUUUCUCUCAACUGUUGAACAACCAAGGCAAUACAAGGGAGCCAUCCCCUAAUUUACAGAAUACUAAUGGAACUUUGCGCAAAGAAGAAGCAAAUGAGGAUGCCAAAUGAUUCAGACCCCUACCAUUGUUUCGGGGACAAUUUAUCAGUAGAUCACGGCGUUACAAUUUACCAGAUAGUCCCAGGGCUUUGUUUCUUUGCCCUCACAUCUGCUGUAAAAAUUAUAACUUUGGCCACAGACAAACUGCAUAACUUUGUACAUAAACUGAAUGCUUCCUAAAUAUUUGUUCCCUUAUAUAGUUAUAUGUGAAUUGUAUGAAGCUCAAGGAAAGAUGUUUCAUUCCA